GCUUUAAGUGGGCUCUCUGACCACAGAGCCUUCAUCGCGAGAACUCACGAGAUUAGACGCGAGAGGAGGAGCUGAAGUGCGACGCUGAAAAAUGACAGCUCUCAGGUAGUCCCGGGCUGUCGCUACCGUUUUACGCACAUCUGGGGCCACAGAGCACGUGAGAAAAGGUGGCUCAGCCCCUUUGCCCACGCCCGCGUUUCUCAUGCUGCCCGCGGGCCUCACUCGUAGGCUUCUGUGCAGCUUCCUGCGGGGAUCCACUCCCACGAUAGCGCGCCAUGGCCUCCGGGAGACGCUCCUCGAGAGGAGAUGUGCGGCCAACUCCACCUCCCGGCACUCAUCCGGCCUGGGAUGUGGGCUUCCCCGUGGCGCGACAGCGACUGGGGAUAACCAAGGAAGGGCUGACAUGGAGGAGAGUUUUGUGUUCCCCGAGUACGUCCCGGAUUCGGAGCCCGCAGUGACCCUCCAAGACCAGCUGCGGGAGCUGCAGCAGCGUCAGGAGGAGGAGCGACGGGUGCUGCAGCGGCGGGAGGAGCGGCGGCAGCAGAAACUACGCACCGGCCGGCGGGUGCACCCGGUCGUGGGGCACCCGGACGCGACGGUGCCGCCCAGCGGCCUAAACUGUUCGGGAUGCGGGGCGGAGCUGCACUGCCAGGACCCGGGACUGCCCGGUUACCUGCCCAGCGAGAAGUUCCUCAGCGCGGCGGCGCAGGAGGACGGCGGACUGACGCAGACCGUGUGCCAGCGCUGCUGGCUGCUGGUGCAUCACCGGCGCGCCCUGCACGUGCAGGUGAGUCGCGAGCAGUACCUGGAGCUGGUGACUGCCGCGCUGCGGCGGCCCGAGCCCGCCCUGGUGCUGUACAUGGUGGACCUGCUUGAUCUGCCCGACGCCCUGCUGCCCCACCUGCCCGCGCUGGUGGGCCCCAAGCAGCUGAUCGUGCUGGGAAACAAGGUGGACCUGCUGCCCCAGGAUACUCCCGGCUACCGACAGCGGCUCCGGGAGCGACUGUGGGACGACUGUACCCGCGCCGGGCUCCUGCCGCCCCCUGGCUACCGAAGGCCACAACACCCCAGCGAGGACCGGCCACGGGACGGGGAGAAUGCGAAUCUUUCGCCCAGGUCCCGCACAGUGCUCAGAGACGUGCGGCUCAUCAGCGCCAAGACUGGCUAUGGAGUCGAAGAGUUGAUCUCCGCGCUCCAGCGUUCCUGGCGCUACCGCGGCGACGUCUACCUGGUUGGCGCCACCAACGCUGGCAAGUCCACUCUCUUCAACACGCUCCUGGAGUCCGAUUACUGCAUCGCCAAGGGCGCUGAGGCUAUCGACAGAGCCACCAUCUCCUCUUGGCCUGGUACUACAUUAAACCUUCUGAAGUUUCCUAUUUGUAACCCAACUCCUUACAGAAUGUUUCAAAGGCAAAAAAGGCUUAAAAGAGAUGCAACGGAAGCAGAAGAAGAUCUUAGUCAGCAAGAACAAAAUAAACUUAAUCUCUUGAAAAAGCAUGGUUACGUAGUAGGAAGAGUUGGAAGAACAUUCUUGUAUUCAGAAGAACAGAAGAAUAAAGCUGCCUUUGAGUUUGAUGCCGAUUCACUUGCCUUUGACAUGGGAAAUGAACCUGUUAUGGUUGCAGAUAAAUCCACCAAACGAGUAGAAUUGACCCCACAAGAUGUGAAAGAUGCCCACUGGUUUUAUGACACCCCUGGAAUUACAAAAGAAAAUUGUGUAGGUAUUUAAUGUCUUUUAGAAACAUUAACUUUCAAUUGCAAGAGUAGUGUCUUAAUUGGCAGAAAAAGAGGUAUCCUUUCAUUUUAG